AUGAACUUCUUGCUGGUAAAAGAUAUUUUACUAGUGAGCGGAGCCCAGCUUGAGGUUCAAGCCACCGGCAACGCCCUCAUUGUUGAUAUGACAGAUCGCAACCAGCAGCCCCGCGUUGACCUUUCUAUCCUCUUAUGCACAACUACAAUCAUCCGCGAGAUGUACAGAACUACAACGCUCACCCGUCGACUUCUGCUCUGUACGCUUCCUCCUCUUCUCAAUCCUCUCGCGUCGAAACUUACUUUCCUUAGCGAUGGUCGAGUGCCCGACGAAUACUGGCUUGGAAAUGGUAUAUUUACGGCACUCAAUAAUAAUUUCGAACAAAAAUCCUACCUCCAGCCUCAAGUCCAAGACUACUCCCAGUCUGGCGACGUAAAUCCUGAGGACUUUUCAGCAUCUCAAAUCACGCCCCCGCUCACAGAUGGAAGUCCCGUGGAGGGCUGGCAGGAUAACGAAGAGACGUUGAAGACGCCCGACGAGGACGCUGUAAUUCCACCAUGGGCCGGCGACUACUUCAACGGUGGACCUCUCAAGAUAGUCGCCCCGCUUCCAUCAAAUGAACGGGUCGAAGCAUGUUCUCAGGACGAUGAUACGUAUGGAGAAGACCUAGACUCAUGGCUCUCAAGAACAUUCAACUUACGUCCUAAUGCGAACUCAAACGACCAGUCUCUCGAGCCCGAGAACAACCAGCUGCCGUUGUCAACGAACGUCGCCAAUCCCCUCCCUACUUCUCAAGUACGCGAUAAUUUCGCGGAGUUCACUGGUGAACUUGCCACCGCGACUUCUUCAGCAGAUUAUUAUCCCCCUGGCCCUUCCUCUUCUAGUGGUCCUGCAUCUGGAUUUUUUGGCGCCCCUCCCAAUUACGGUCAGCGGCCGUCUUAUCCCCAGUUUAUGGGACAGGCCGUUGUUGCGUUGGACACUCCAGACUAUUUCCUCUGGGCGAACGCGCCCAUUUCCCGCUUCCCGAUGGCUGGGUCGCAUCAAAGCAUUUAUGGGCAACAACCCCGUACCGCGCCCGCCACAAUGAGUCACCAUCGGAACGCCCAGAUGGGUUUUUGCUAUUUUCCAUACAAUCCUGUGGCUCAGGCCGCCGUCCCGCCGAACAUGCAGGCCUACGCUGGGGCAUCAAUGCCUGUAUAUGAGGCGUACCCGCCCUUCACCCAAACUCCCAUUACACGCGCCUUCCCAGUUUAUAAGCGGCAACCCCGUAAUUCAUCUGCCACUAUGAGCGCUCAAGCCGCACGCCGUGACAGACGGCAUCAACCUUACGGAACUCCGUCGGUUUCAAAGCGUACCGAGAUGUCAGGCAAGGCCGACAAUUAUUGCCAAUGGGGGGACUGCUCAGCAGGUCCCAUGACCCUCACAAAGAUCCGAGAACAUUUUCGAGAUCAUGGGGAAAAAGUCAAAGGUCACCGAAUCAAAGAAUGCCUUUGGAAAGGCUGCAAUUCUAAACCUGGCGCCUUCCCGAUGACACGCGAGGGCUUUAGGCGUCACGUUUACGAAACUGGAUCGCACGCUGGGAUCGGAAGGCUCUCGAAGGUCAACUGCGAGAAAUGCGGCGAGGAGAAGGCGAAGAGGUCUCAGGCUAACCACAGUAAAGUUUGCUCGGGAGAGUCGAAAGAGCGGGAAGAAGAGCAUCUCCAUGGCUCUAUGUACGAGCCUCGUGUUUUCUGUUUGUAUUGCCACCUUACGGGGGCAGAAUUGUAUAAAAUCCUCGGUCAUGGAAGUUGGAACUCAGGUCGCCCUCCACUGGCAGGCUCAGAGCGAAGGGUGGCCUUGGAGGAACUUGCCUUCUAUGGGGAUGACGAUGAGGGUGAGGUAGUCACCUUAAUGAGAGAUGAGCACAAGAGUGGGAGUGAAGAGGUAACCUUGCUUUCGGCGAUGGCAUCGAGGGCUCUGGGUGGGGCCAGUACCAAUGUUCUGAGCCCCCGAUCGCCUUUUGCUCGCCAAAAGCAGUCGCAGAUACUGGCCAUCUAUAAUCCAGGAUUUCUCUACCGGCCGCGUGUAUGGUGGGGAUACUCUGAAAGCGUAAAGCGUCUUUAA